ACACACAAAUACAUGUAGUGCCUGAGUUCUCACUCUCCUCCAAAGCACUUCCAAGUUCUUCUCUGUACAAUUCUCUUUCUAUUCUAGUACCAUAUUCUUAAAACUUCUUCUCAAUCUCCACAAUGGGUCUACUAUCCAAGCGUGAACAACCUCCAAAGAAAACUGCAGCUGAAGGAAACUGCGGAACAUAUCUCGGCAUCGUCUCUCUCCUCAGCUUAAUAUACUUAAACAUAAACAACCUUACAUUUUCUUCUUCUGUUGAGCCCAAAAUAAGCUUUGUUGAGAGAAACGGGACAACGUUUAUGCUAGAUGGCAGGCCUUUCUAUGUCAAUGGAUGGAACUCCUACUGGUUGAUGGAUCAAGCGGUGGAUGAGAAGAGCAGGGGAAGAGUUACGGAAAUGUUUAAGGCCGGUAGAGACUUGGGACUUACUGUUUGUAGGACUUGGGGGUUUAAUGACGGUACCUAUCAUGCUCUGCAAGUUUCUCUUGGGCGUUUUGAUGAAGAAGUCUUUAAGGCACUUGACAGAGUCAUAGCUGAAGCAAGACAACAUGGAAUAAGGCUAUUGCUUAGCCUUGUCAAUAAUCUACAAGCAAUGGGAGGAAAAUCUCAAUAUGUUAGAUGGGCAAUCGAAGAAGGAAUUGGUUUAACCUCCUCAAAUGACUCUUUCUUCUUUGAUCCAUCCAUUCGAAUUUAUUUCAAAUCAUACAUUAAGACGAUAUUAACUAGGAAGAACCACUUGAAUGGGAUUGAGUAUAGAGAUGAUCCCACAAUCUUUGCUUGGGAGUUGAUUAAUGAGCCUCAAUGUACAUCUGAUCAAUCUGGGGACACCCUCCAAGAUUGGAUUGAAGAAAUGUCACAGUUUGUGAAAUCAAUUGACAAGAAGCACCUUCUAACAAUAGGACUUGAAGGGUUUUAUGGAUCUAAAAGUUCUAAAGAGAAGUUGAGUGUUAAUCCAGGAGAAUGGUACAAAACAACAGGAUCUGAUUUCAUCCGCAAUAAUAAAAUCUCAACCAUUGAUUUUACUUCGGUUCAUAUUUAUCCUGAUCAAUGGUUAGAAGAAGCAGACUUGCAAGAGAAAAUGGAAUACGUCAAUAAAUGGGUAUCCUCUCAUAUAGAAGACGGUGAUAAAGAACUCGGAAAACCUGUCAUGUUCACAGAAUUUGGUCUUUCAAACAACAUCAUCGAUUUUGAUCACUCACAAAGAGAAGCAUUUUACAAAUCAAUUUUCGACGCAGUUUAUGAUUCUGCAAAGGAAAAUGGAGCAGGGUCUGGUGCCUUGAUCUGGCAAUUUUUAGUUAGAGGCAUGGAAGAGUAUAAUGAUGACUUUGGAGUAGUCCCUGGAGAGAGGCCUUCAUUAGACAAGCUUAUCAAAGACCAAUCAUGCCGUCUUGCGAAGUUAAAUUAUGGCAAGGAUUUGGGUGGUAGAAGUCUCAAAAACUUCUGCUGAAAUAUUCAAUAUUUGCUUAAUAUUUCAGCACAAGUUCUUCCAUCAAAAUUCUUAGUUCUCUCAAAGUGAGAUUUUCUGGUGAUGUAUAAAAAAUGGUUUGCAUAUCGUGCAUCAUUGUGGCGAGAUUCUAACUUGUGAAAUGUGAUUAUUGGGAAUUUGCUA